AAAGCCAAGAUAAUGUGAAUUAUAUUGUUUCAGAUGAAUGUGUUUCCUGCUGUCUAAAACGCGCUUGUUUUUUUAAAAAAAAAUAAAAAUCUAAUGGUGUAAAAACUGCGCUCUUAUCAGAUGUACAAAAAUAAUUCAAUUAUAUUGAUCACAGCAAACUGAAAGUGAGUGAAGCUGGGUUGUUUCUGAUAUUAUUAAUGUGGAAUUUUACGCAUUUGGAGGCAGCACAUUUCGCCCCUGACAGGCGCUCAAGUCUUGCUAGAUUUUUGCAGAACACCUCGAAAGUAAUUUCCAAACCCAUCAUUUGCUGCUGAGAUAAUUAUCGGUUCCCCUUUCCCCUGUGUGUGUCAGAGGAAUGUCGAAGUAUGAUCAGAACAGGGAAAGAAAAAAAGACUGGAACAUCUGCAUAAGCAUUUUAACACGUUGCAUUUUAACUCUAACUUCUGUGCGUAAAAAUUGCAAGCAUACUGUUUAUUGUUACGAGUUAAAGAGACUGUACCUGAGAGCUGAGCUCAUAGUGAGCACCGGGGCACAGUUGGCCUGUGGAGGAUUUUGUCUGACGUGAGCUGGACAGUCGCAUAACUGAUUAGAUUUUCAAAGAGGGUGGCAGAAAUGAUCUUCUCAGACGCAGCUCUUUAUAGUCGCUCGGACCUAUACACACGCUAUUUCCCUUUCACUUUAUGCCUCCACGUGCUGUGCAGUGCUUUCAUUUGUGAGCCUGGGAGAUUGCUGCUCGUGUUGCAGGGCUUUGCUGCAGAGAUAGUUGUUGGUGUGCUGGGGAACGUCACUUGUUUUAUUGCCCUCACAGAAGAGAGACCAUAAACGCAUUCUUACCACCUACACCCUCCCCCAGUUCACUGCAAAAGCAUUGAAAUUGCUCACAUGCCAGAUAAUUCAUACACAAUGGAAACAUUAACAGUAUGUUGGAAACUCGUCGAUAUGGCUGAGAUAAACAGUAAAUGCCAAUAUUCAUUUUAGUCUUCACACAAAGGCGGCGCGUCCUGCGGGAUGAGAGCAUUUGGAUAUUGUAGCCCAUCGCUGCAGUGGUGUUAUGAAAUUAAAACUGAGUUUUGGACACACACACACAUACACACUAACAAUCACAUGAACUCACAGGGAGGGGGGCUGCUUUAUAAUGUAGUUAAUUGAUUUAAUAGUUGAUUUCCUGUGUUGCACUCUUUAAGACACAUUUGGAGUUGAGUUCAUGUGUGUUUUCAUGCAAAGGUUCCGCCUUGCUGUGAGUGUGAGCACUGUACUGAAUGACAUUGCCCACAUUACGCAUCAUACUUCCUCCAUUAACACCACAUAUUCUUAAACUUAAAGUCAAAAAUGCUCCAUGCAGUCAGGCUGUAUAGUGUGCCACUCCAACUCUACGUUGUGUUUAUCGGCAUUUAGCACUAAUGUUCAAGCUCUGAGCUAAAAGCUACAGUUUCUCCUCAACUCCUGCCUCUCAAUUGGUGGAGAAUGGUCAGCUGACGUUGUCAUAUUGUCUCUCACCGAGCCAAGCCUCGGCUAUAACACUCGGGUUUGUGCGUCUUAACCGGAGAUUGGAAAUUAAUAAUAUUGAAUCCUCAAAGUAGCCCACGUCCAGUUAGAGAAGCAGAAAGUCGAGGGGAAAAAAAGAAGACCUUGGAGAAAGGUGUGGUUGGUUGACACAGACGGGAAGGAGAUUUACUGAGAAGGAGAUUGAAAAGAGACCGAUAAAGAAGUGGGGAGAGUUGGAGAGAGGGUUACAGGCAAGGUAUGAAUUCUUAUUUCGCAAACCCGUCGCUCUCCUGCCAUUUAUCCGGUGGUCAAGAUGUUUUGCCUAACGUACCCCUAAACUCCACCACCUAUGACACAGUCAGACAUUUUUCGUCGUACGGUGCCGCUGUGACCCAGAAUCGGAUAUAUGCACCUUUCUACUCUCCUCAAGAUAAUGUCGUUUUUGGGUCUGGCAGGGCACAGUAUGAAUAUGGAUCAAACGUGUUUCUUCAAGACAAGGACGUGCUCCCCAGUUGCAGACAAACAAACAUGGGACUCAAUACACAAAGCCACAUUGCUCAAGAGUACAGUUUGGAUCAAGGAAGAGCAGCAGCGCAGGACCAGAAAAGCAACAUCCCGAUCUACCCGUGGAUGCAGCGAAUGAACUCACACAGCGCAGGAGUGGGCUACGGGACAGACAGACGCAGGGGACGUCAAAUAUACUCUCGUUACCAAACACUUGAGCUGGAGAAGGAGUUUCAUUUCAACCGCUACCUGACCAGGCGCAGACGCAUCGAAAUCGCCAACGCGCUUUGUUUAACAGAGCGGCAGAUCAAAAUCUGGUUUCAGAACCGACGCAUGAAAUGGAAGAAAGAGAGCAACCUGACCUCCACGGUGACUGGAAGUGAACAGACAGGAGCCUCCACAGAGGAGGAACGCAGUGGCGCAAUGGAAGACGAGAAGGAUGAGGACAAGAAGAAAGAAUAGUUAAAAAAUAAAAGAAGAAGAGGGGGUAGAGAAACACCUGAUGACCAUUAAAAAACCCAACAUAACUACCUAAAAAAAUAUAUGGACUUGAGAGCGACUUCACUGCAUGAUGGCUACCCCGCAGCUUUCCCACUUAUAUCCCAUGUUGACCACAGGAGUGUUGAGCCUUAGAAAUCCAGAAUAUUUCAGCCACAGUAUGGCCUCCCUGUGACAUUUGGAUUUUUUUUUCUAUUGCAAUGUCACACUUGUAUUGUGAAAAUAAAAAGAAGUAUUGAUUUUAUUCCCAAUGCCAGUAAAACUAUGUAUUUAUCCUCCCCCCACACUCCAUCCAUCACUGUGAACUCUUUGAUCACCUCACAAAUACAGUGUUGGUCAGACUUUACUCAAUGUUGUACAUGCACAUUCCACGGAAGGAAAGGAAAAGGACCGAGUGGACACUUUAUUUGAUCCCUGUAUAAUCCAGUACUUGAAUCGUCCGCAGACAGAAAGAAAAAAGUGUCCUGCAUAAACAUGAAAGUUGCACGGAUAUAGACUACAGACACACACAACACACACAACACAAAUGCCUGUAUAUAAUCAACAGUAUCCUAUGUAAAUCCUGUGAGGACUUAUGUGCAUUUAGCCGCUUUGAUAGACGCUGCAUUACAUAAAAAAUUGCGCUUAGCCCCCCUUUUUUAUUUUAUUUUGUUCAUUUGACACAAUAGGCUUUCCUUGUGAGAUAGAUUUGUACACUAGUAAUUCUUCACUUUUGUUUGGGAGUUACGAAUUCAUGUUUUGUCAUAAUUGUGUAUCAUGGAAUAAAAUAUUUGUAAAAAUUUCA